ACGUCGUCUACUCGUCUACAGUUUUAGUGUCCGUCUAUUAGUGUAGUAGUGUUGUUUCAUGCUAAAUUCAGUGAAUGGGAUUUUUUAUUGAAGUAGCGGUGUAAAUUACCUGGUUAUAAGAUGACCAAGGACAGGCUUCAAGCUUUAAAAGCUGCGCAGAGUGAUGAUGAUGACGUCGGUCCUGAUGACGUCGCGGUCAACGUGGAAGGCCGCGACGGCUUCAUGGACGAGUUCUUUGCGGAGGUGGAGGAGAUACGGGAAAUGAUAGACAAGAUACAGGCCAAUGUGGAAGAAGUCAAGAAAAAACACAGUGCCAUCCUGUCCGCCCCACAGACUGAUGAAAAGGUCAAGCAAGAAUUGGAGGACUUGAUGGCUGAUAUCAAGAAAACUGCCAACAAAGUCCGCGCCAAAUUAAAGGUUAUCGAGCAAAACAUUGAGCAGGAAGAGCAAACAAACAAAUCGUCAGCGGAUCUCAGGAUACGCAAGACGCAACACUCAACGUUGUCCCGCAAGUUCGUCGAGGUGAUGACCGAAUACAACCGAACACAGACCGACUACCGGGAGAGGUGUAAGGGCCGGAUACAACGGCAACUGGAAAUUACGGGUAGACAAACAACCAAUGAAGAAUUGGAAGAAAUGUUAGAACAAGGAAAUCCAGCUGUGUUCACGCAAGGGAUCAUCAUGGAGACGCAGCAGGCCAAGCAGACGCUAGCGGACAUCGAAGCUCGACACGCAGACAUCAUCAAGUUAGAAAAUUCCAUCCGUGAACUGCACGACAUGUUCAUGGACAUGGCCAUGUUAGUGGAAAGCCAGGGCGAGAUGAUCGACCGCAUCGAGUACCACGUGGAACACGCAGUGGACUACGUACAAACUGCCACUCAGGAUACCAAAAAGGCACUCAAGUACCAAAGUAAAGCGCGUCGGAAGAAGAUCAUGAUCAUGAUUUGCGUCACAAUCCUGGUGGUGAUAGUGGGAGGCUGGCUGGCGAGCUACGUUCCUGGACUCAGCUAAACGUAAAAACCUUUCUAGGUUAUCUCCAUCAUCUUUGUCUAGGGCUCUAAUAAAUUGCGUUUAUCGUAAGGACGCCAGCCCUGCCACAUAGAUUCUCUAGCGACCUUCCAACAUAGCUUAGUUUUAUACCUGGAUUGGUCUCUGUUGAUUGUUCAUUUGGUCUGUAUUUUUGCGGCGGAAAAUACUGUGAUAUCCUCAAUGUCUCGCUAGUUAUAGUUUUUUAAGUAUCAAUCAGUCAAAAGAACGUUACGUCUAGUGUUAGUCUAGAGGUUUUAGUUUAUUAUGUUGCUGGUUAUGUCUUGUUAUUGUGGCUUUUUGUAAAAAAAAGAAAAAAUACGACUGUUUGAAAAUAAAUUUUCUGUUACUAUUUGCUGUACUUAAUUUAUAGUUUAAGCAGGUUGUGUGGUAUACGUUUAAGGUUCCUAUAUUGCUACGCUCUGUGUGUACUUUCCAAUGGUAUUGAUUUGACUCGGGGGGGGUUUAUGUCUUGUGGUUAAUGUUUGUGUGUUCAAGUAAAAGAACAUUUUAAUUUGCAAUGUUCAAAUUAUUUUUACAAUCAUUUGCAACUAACACAACUAUAAACAGAAAGUUUAAAUAGAGUCAAUUGCAUUCCAUUGUGUAACGUAAUGUUAAAUUGUCCCAUGUUAAAAGCAGUUCAAACAACACUGAAAUAUGUCAAAUUUGCUUUCUGAAUUCCUUCUCAUAGUUAAAUCACAUCACUAUCACUAUUUUUAAGAUUACACUAAUUUAUUUUAAGUAAUAGUACAAAUUUUGUUUAUCACAAUGUACACUUGCAAAUUGUAGAACCGUGACACAAAUAUAGUACCAAAUGAACAAUCACUGCUAAACGACUACAACUUUACUUUGAAAUCUGAAUCCUAAGAGUAGUUUGGAUGGGCUCUGGUACCAGUACCAUUUUGUGAUUUUGUUACCAAGUAUCGUGAUACAUUUGUGGAAUAAAUACCGUCAUUUUUUAACCUACACUUUUUUUGCUUUAUUGGUGAACUCACCUCACAUGAUAUGUGUUAUAGGUUAUUGUAAUCUUUUAGACUCCUUACCCUUGAAUAAUUAUUGUGAACACAUAAAACUUAAAUUAACGAGAAAAUUACAAAUUUGUGUUCCUACAUCACAAAACAUCUUUCUGAGUUCAUGGUACUGGUACAGUUUGCCCUUGUGGUUUGGUUUUACACAUAUCACAACAAAAUUUUUGUCAUUCCUCUUUAUAAGUGUGAAAAUUCCAAAAGGGUAAACCCGAUACAGUAACUUUACCCGGACCUGUAUUGACAAGUCAGCACCUGUGAGUUAUCUUUUGGUUCUAAACGAGCUUUGUGUUGAUCUUAGCGUAGCCAGCUGACGACGGUACAGGUCUACUUAUAUUUAUACAGCUUUAACGAUAUUUGCAUUUGGUGUGAAUGACGGCAGCGAGAGGGAAGGUAUUAACACUGGCAGAGCAAUAAUGUGUACAGUCGACAAGUGUGUGCGUGCGUGCGUGUGUGUGUGCGUAAGAGUUACGAUAAAUCUACAUGUCUAUAUUGUACUUAUAGUGUUCACUACGUUGACUAUUUUAUAAUAUUGUAGUUAGUAAUAAAAAAGUUGAGCUGUUUUUUCCUAAAGUUUAUACCUUGUUUGACGUUAUUGUUGAGAGAUAUAAGUCCGUAAGGGCUACUAAGUAGGUGCAAAAUGCUUAUUGCUUAUUUUUCACAAACCCAUAAUCUCGCUUGGGCGGUGUUGUGUUAGUAAUGUGUGAUUUUCUCGUAAAUUUUCUCAAUUUCGCCCCCAGACACAUCAAUUACGACAAUAAUUAAGGAGGAACGGACAUUGGGAAAGGCAACCCUGAGAGUGUCUAUAUUUUGUAAAUUAUCGCUGUUUGUAAUUUUUUACGCAAUCAAAUGUGUGAAGUUAUGUUACACGUAAAGUUUUGCUAACGACUUAAAAGCAAUUGAUAUUGUGUAAAAGAGGUAUUGUAAGAGAUAUUCUUUUUACAGCAAUAAACUAAGUGUCGUUAAACUUGCAGAAAUAAGAGCUUUAAAACGAUUCAGUACCGGAUAUUUUUUCCUGACUUUUCCUCGUUUGUUUCUUGCUUGGUUUCCUAAAACAGGAUAAGAAUGUGGUCAUGAUGCUUCUGAUAAAAUAAUCAUCCUUAAAACUCAGUCUAUAUAUUUUUUAUGACAUUUGAUAAAAUCGCAAAUAUAAAACCGUGUUAUAGAGAUGUGUUUCAUCUAUUUUAUGAUAGAGGCAGUGUAUAGUUGUGAUGAUAGUUUUGAUUCUCUGUAGUUAUAGAUAACACUAAAUAAAUGGUAAAUUUUUCUAAUUAAAAUACUACCAUGUUAAAUUAGGUCUUGAUUUAGUGUGAAAUUUUGUAUUCAUUCUGUUAGAAAACUUGCAAAAUCAAAGAUCAAAAGUUCUAAGUAUUGUCAAGCUAAUAAUUUAAAGUUAAAUGUUGAUUUUUGGAAAAUACAGUAGAACGUCAAUAAUUUGGAUUAAUUGGUAUUGGAUUAUCGAAAUUACCUUUAAAAAGGGCCAGCAUGAACUAUUUGAGCAAAAACUUUUUUUAAUUGUAUAUUUUCUAUCAUACGUCUAUUAAUGGGUCCAAAGAGAGAUGAGUUUAAAACAUUUUUUUAUGUUCAAGCACUGUAUCCUAUUUAAUUCAUACGUACAGCCUACAGUAAAAACAUCAGGCACUACAUAUUUGAACUUUUAAAGAUGUGUGAUAGGCUAUUGAACUGUGUUAGUGGUUUGUUUUUUUUUGUUGCCAAGUCCUUACGUUUUCAAAGAAGGUACAAAAUUGUAUUUCUUGCUAUUGACGUCCAAAUUAGCGACAAUCUACUGUAUUUGAUUCUGUCAAUCAUUAGGGUUUAACCUCGUAAGUUUUUCACUAUUUAUUUACUAAUACUUAUUCAAAACGUAAAACUGACACAAAAACAUGUAUAAAUGGACUUUCAGGUAGUCUAAUUAGAAAAAUCAAAACUAAAAAAAAAUUAUCUGUGACAGCUAACAAGGCCCUCAAUAGUCAUAAAAACAAUCCUUUCUAAAUAUUUAACAGUUGUAAACUGAAUAUAUUAGUGUUGGAAUAAGCUUAAAUUUAAAUAGAGCACAAACUAUUUGUAUUAUCUUCUAUUUGAAGUGUCACCUUGUAGAUGAACGGAAAAUCUGCCUGUUUUACCUAACGCCAACGCCCCAUGCCAAAUUGUAAAAGUAAGCAAAAAGUAUUGUAGUUUUAAAAUUAGUUUCAGGCCGCCAUAGUCGUUUUAACACAAGACCUAGUCAAUUAAAUACUCACAACUAUAUCGGUAGAGAUGACUAGGAGGUACGACUGUACGUACAGUAUUAACGAACGCUAGUGACGCCUCUGAAAGCUUGUUCGCAUUUGAGCUGGUCGCCUCUAUAGUAGUUUAUUAUAAUGUUGCCUUUGCUUAGGUUAUUGUCUUGUCGAUAAAACUGAGAGAGGUGAACUCCUUUAUGUUCACCGUUUACGACAUUUACGAGUAGUUAUUGGCUUAACAAAUUAGUUUUCUGACUUUUUUUGCCUAAUUUUUUGUAGUUUAAGACAGAAUUUUGAAAUAGGCUGUUUUAGUUUAUCUUCUUUUUUGGUAGUUUGUACUAUGCUAUUUUUAUUUAUUUUUUGAUCCUUGAUGUUUGUGAGAUUACUAGGGGUGUGAGAACUGUUACUAUUCUAUUUUAGGUGAAAUAUUUUCCUAAUUCUACAGGUUUGAGCUUUUUUAAGCUGAUAACUUUCAAAUUUUGAGUCUAGAACACAUUUAAGAUUAGAUUUUUAUACUGGAGGUAUUUUAUGAUUAAAACCUGGUUUAAAACAGGUUUGUUAACCCUUUGCGGUCGAAUGGCGAGUAUAGGUCGCCGCCCGCCAUUUUGCCGACUGCUCGAAAAUGGCAUACUAUAAGGACAAAAAAAAAGCAAAAAUCAAAAAAGUUAAUUUUUUGGGUCGAAUGGCAAGUAUAGGCCACCGGGCGCCAUUUUCCCGACUGCUCGAAUGGCAAAAUAUACUCUCCAAAAAAUGGGGGGGAAAUUCGACCUCAAAGGGUUAAUUCUAUUACUGGACUUGAUUUAAUCUAAUUCAUUACUAUCAACUCGUCAGCACAUUAAUCCUUUAUUCCGAAUCUUAAACCAAGCCAAAUAUUUUGGAAAACUCGUAAGUUUGAAGCUGUUCACACUCCUAGAAGUAACUAAAGGAUAAUUUUAAAACACUAUGGAUUCUUAUUAUCAAUCCAAUACUCAGAGAUUAUUUAAACUUUAAUACUAGAUUACUUGCUCACUUAAAAACACGUUUUCUCUUACCUAUUCCUAUUAGUUAAUACUUACAAUCGUUCAAUUUAACUUUUAAAGACCUGAACUAAUUGCUACAUGUUGAAAAUUGUAAAAAAUAAAUUAAAUGCCUCAUUGCGAAGAGCUAAAUUGGUUGUAAAGUAGAACAAAACUGAGGAAAUAGUUUAUCCUUGCUAAGUAUAUAACGGUAUUAUCGUUGUAUCCAUUGUUCAUCCAGCACUAAUUAAGAUAAGUCAAUAAAUAGAAACUUCAAAAAUUUUAAAAAGGAAUAUUAUUUUAUUUUUGACAAACUUUUUUAUUUUAUAGCCAGUUAAAUGGUGUAGAGGGCUUUCUAUACUCCUGUUUCAAAUCUAUUCUUGAUCCUACUUGUAGACCAUCUUCAAAAGAACAUAUUUUUUAACUACUAUUAAUUUUUCAAUGCGUUGUAAAAUGUGUAUUUAUUCAAACAAAUCUCACUAUAUUCUAGCAUAACUCAAUUGGAACACUAUUACGUUAUGAAGUUGUUAUGGUAAACCCAGCAAUGAUUGUUACAACCAACCCAUGAAGUUUAAAAUAUUUCAAAUUUGUUGUUUUAAUGAAUUGUGAGUUAAAAUGUAGCCUAUUGCCUAUUUUUUGUCCUAUAUUUACCAGUAAAAGAUUUCUUCCAAAGAUUAUGUAGUAUUGUUAAGUAAUAUUUUUCUCUAAUAUCUAAGUUUUAGAUUAUUGAGUUGUGUUUUUUAAUUUUUCUAUUAAUAGUAGAACCUCAAAGUAACAUCACUCAAGUCAGAGUAAUUUCAACAACCUUGCAGAUAAAAGUUAUACUCUUUCCAAGAAGUAGGCAUUCCAUUGAUGUAACAGCUUUGGAAUAAGUUUUUUUUUAGAAACUAAAUAGUCACUUAAAUUUAAUUUUCUUUUAUAACUCAGGUAUGGAUUUUACAAUAACUUUUAUUAUUAUCAGAGAACUUUUAGAUUGCUAUUUAAGUCUGAUAAAAGCUGUAAUAAAUUUGAAGAAUGAAUACAAAAUAAUUUAUAUCACCUGAAUCAUUUAACAAAAAUAGAUUGGUUACAAGCUUAACACGUUCGCUGCUGAUCGCCACAUAUGUGCUACGCUAAAGUCAUCGACAUGGUCCGAGGUAUACGUUUUAAUAUUGCACAUGGACCAGGUGUUACUUGGUUAACAGUACACGCAGACCAAGAGCCAGUAAAAAAUAAAUAUCAGUUUUGCCAACUAUCUUUAUGACGUCACUAAUCAUCAUAUCCACGGAUCUAGUGACGCACACAUGCGACAUACAUCCCUUUAGACCACUGAGAAUUCAGGGCCUUCAAAUAGACCGUUACGAAGAUAUAAGCGUUUUAAUAACAUUGGACACUGAAGAAAAUAUGCGACGUCAGUCUAUUUUAAUGUGACCAGCAGUCGCAUCAUAUAUGCGACGGCAGUCUAUGGGUAGGAACCGGCCGUCGCAUAUGUGCGUCGCUGGUCCAUAUGAAUGAAAAAUUUAGUAAUAUUGCGGUAGCGAAUGUGUUAAACUUAUCAAUAGUCAUAUCAGUUAUUUUGUUCCUAAUUUCCUAAUUAACUAAGCUUCCUAAUUUUGGCAGAGGGUUGAUUGUGAUUUAGAUUCUGUGAGACUUGAGGUUCUACAUAUCCCAACAUGUUAUGUUUGUUUGAAAACUUUAUUUACAGAAAAUCCUCAUUAAUCUUUCCCUUAUUAAACAAACCUUGCUUAAUUCAGACAGCCAUUUGACAGUAGUUUGUAAAAGUUUGGUGCAGUAAAGUUAAAGAUGUGCCCCUGUAAUUUACAGUGUUGUCUCAAAUAGUUUACUGUUUUUUAAUCUACUUAUUACUUUCUUUAAGUCUGUUUUCUGUAAAAGGUGUAUUAUUUUGUGCAAGGAAUAGGACUUCCCAAACGGCCCCAGAAUACCUCCAACUUUCUUUAUAUUAAGAUUUCAUUCAAUCCAAACUUUCAUUAAUCCAUACGAAUUAAGAUCAAUGAGGGUUUACUGGCUAUUGUGUUUGAAAUCAGUUGGUGUUUGGAUAAUAUGAUUUAUAAACAACAUUAUGUAUGAUAGUCCUUAAAAAUAAUAAGCUAACUAAAUUCUAAGUCUGUGAAUUAUUUAUUUUACUAUUAGUCAAGCAAGCUUGAACUUUACUACUUGAAAUUUCAAACAUUGCGAGUGUUCAUUCCAAUGUCUGUAUAAAUAUUCCCCUUCAAGAUCAUGAUAUAACUGCCAUUCCUAAUGCUCGAGAGAUGGUUUAAGCUACAAAUAGUCUAUUCACUCGCUAAGUAGCAUGCGGCUUGUGGCACGUAGUCUAGCGACAACCCUGGCCGAUGCAGACUGCUUAGCGUACAUUCCGAGAGUUACUUCCAAGAAGUAUUUCUAUUUUAGUGUCGUAUCGUUAGUUGAAAUUCACUGUAAAUUGUAUAUUUUGUACAUUAAGUGAGUUAUUUUUCUCUUUGUUUCUCUAUAUAACAUAGCCUAGUCGAAAUCAGUUCCGUUUAUAGUUUAGAGAUUUUUAUAAUUGUUGGAGAGAAUGAGUGUUAUCAGGCCUAUAGUUUUAUACUGUAUGUAGCUAGGGCGUUUGUAAAAUACCUUUCUGAAAUUUAAUGUAUAAAACCGGUAUUUUCGCCCCGUCUCGUGUUAGGUCUCAUCGUCUAGUCAGAGGGUAGUUUAAUAUGAGUGUCGUGUAUAGCAUGUUAUUUCAAUUUAUUCGGAAUGUUACGAGCCUUACUAUUUACUAUUAUUGAAUGUAAUCGGAUUAUAAUUACGGAGAACUAUCGAUAUUCUUGUAAUAUAAGGUAUAAAACUCUUAUUUGUUUGUUAGCGAGGGUUACUUACAAUUGUGAUCAAAAUGUAAACAAAAGAAUUGUCCUUUUAUUGUUGUUGAGAAUGAAAACCGCAGCACAAGUCAAUUGUAAAUUACUUUAACAUAAUAGAUAUGUCCCUGUAAUA